AUGAUCCACGAGAAGCAAUACGGGAAACCUAGAACUGUCGACCAUUCAAACAAAUUCUGGAUACGCGUCUUGACCGCUCUUGUGCUUCAAUUGAGUGACCAGCAAUUGGUGACCGAACUCUUGCUGCUCGUGUGCGGCUAUGCUCAGUACUGGCGAUCUGACCAAUGUGGUCUGCUACUCCAGUUUCACACAUGCAGCGACGCUGCUCUCCCUCCGUCCCUACUUCCAACGCCAUCGGAAGCUUGCUACGCUCCGCGCAUUCACCAUGCAAUGAAGGUCCGAACCAUCGUUAGCUGUGUCUCGCCCUCAGCACAGGAUAUUGUCUUUAUCCGGGAAUGGUUGGCUCUCGCAAAGCCUCUGCCGCACAGCGGUGCUUCGGACUCUAUAUGGCAUCGGUAUAACCCGUAUGCCAUAGCGAAGCGGUGUCUGUUCAAAACGGCAGUAGCUUUCAGCGAAAGGUGCUCUGAUCUACAGUCUUCUCCAGAACGGCCUCACAUCAUCUUGGGUUUUUGGUCAAUUACUCCCUGUCUUCAUGGCCGUGCUGCCGAUCGUCAGCUUGGUCACUUCUAUAAUUGGCGAUAG